UCAAGCGCGGUUGCAGCGCUGGCUUGAGUUAUAGCAACUGUUGCCUUGUGAAUAAAGCGCCGUAGUCACCGUAGUCCUGGCGACUGUUACCCACCAACAGCUGCUCACAACAACAGCAACCGAGGUUCCUGCCAGUACUGGUAUUAGAACUCACAAUUGGAGCACAAAGGUCACAAUUUUCAAAAUAACAAAGAAGGAAAAGGGCCUGAGGCAAGAGUUUGGGCACCCUGCAUGAGCCCAAUAUGCAGACUUCUGAGGCUGGUUCAGACACCACUUCAACAGUGACAUUGCAGACCUCGGUGGCAGGACAGCAGGCGGUGCAGGCCCAGGUGGUACAACAGGUUCCAGUUCAGCAGCAGGUACAGCAGGUGCAGCAUGUCUACCCAACACAGGUGCAAUAUGUGGAAGGGAGUGAUGCUGUUUAUACCAAUGGAACUAUGCGAUCAACUACCUACCCCUACUCGGAGGCCCAAAUGUAUAGCCAAAACACUGGAGGAACAUAUUUUGACUCCCAAGGAAACUCCGCCCAGGUGACAACAGUUGUCUCGUCCCACAAUAUGGUCGGUGCUGGUGGUAUUCCGAUGGGUGUCACAGGCGGUCAGAUAAUCAGCAGCUCAGGGGGUGCCUAUCUUAUAGGCGGGUCAAUGGAUGGAUCCAAUCACCCAGUCAGCCACACAACACGUGCUUCUCCAGCCACGAUUGAAAUGGCGAUUGAGACACUCCAAAAGUCUGAUGGUUUGACAGCUCACAGAAGCACUCUUCUCAACAGCCAUGCAGGGAUGCUACCACAGAGCCAAGCUGUUACUGUGAAGAAAGUGGAAAUGGAUACUUGGAAGAAAGCUGUCUUGGUAAUGGUGCAGUUGUGGGGAACAAAACUUCAGUGGUUACUGGACAACUAUGAAACAGCAGAAGGUGUCAGCCUUCCUCGAAGCACUCUGUACAACCACUAUCUGCGUCACUGUCAGGAGCAGAAGCUUGACCCAGUGAAUGCAGCUUCUUUUGGGAAACUUAUUCGCUCCAUUUUCAUGGGUCUGCGUACCAGGCGGCUAGGCACAAGAGGAAACUCGAAGUAUCACUAUUAUGGCAUCCGGAUCAAACCAGACUCCCCACUAAAUCGCUUACAGGAAGAUAUGCAGUACAUGGCCAUGAGACAACAACCCAUGCAUCAGAAACAGAGAUAUAAGCCUAUGCAGAAAUUGGACGGAAUAGGGGACGGCUUCGCAGGAAGUGGACAACAGGUUCCAAACUCUGCAGAACAAACCAUUGUAGCACAAAGUCAACAUCAUCAGCAGUUCCUUGAUGCCUCUCGUGCUCUUCCUGAAUUUAUAGAGCUUGAGGUUGGAGAUAGUUCCUUGUUGGAUGGCAUUACUGUUGAGGACAUCAGAACACUACAGAUUCUAUAUAGGGAACACUGUGAGGCAAUACUGGACGUAGUAGUGAAUCUUCAAUUUAGCCUCAUUGAGAAGUUAUGGCAAACAUUCUGGCACUAUAGUCCAUCCCCUUCACCUGAUGGGACUACCAUCAAUCAAACAAGUGAGAAUGAGAUAGAAGGUAGACUUCCAAAGGCAAAGCUUAUUGCUCUGUGCAAGAAUGAUUCCGUCCUCAAGUGGAUGUGCACCUGCGAUCAUGUAAUGUACCAGGCUCUGGUGGAAAUCCUUAUUCCGGAUGUCCUCAGACCUAUUCCUAGUGCCUUGACACAAGCCAUUCGCAAUUUUGCAAAAAGCCUUGAAGGAUGGCUGACAAAUGCCAUGAACAAUAUUCCACAGCAAAUGGUUCGCACCAAGGUUGGAGCUGUAAGUGCCUUUGCUCAGACACUGCGUAGAUAUACAUCCCUCAAUCAUUUAGCUCAAGCUGCUCGAGCAGUGCUGCAAAACACAUCUCAAAUUAACCAGAUGCUGAGUGACCUCAAUCGUGUAGAUUUUGCCAAUGUCCAGGAGCAGGCUUCCUGGGUGUGUCAGUGUGAUGACAACACAGUACAAAGACUGGAACAUGACUUCAAGAUGACUCUUCAGCAGCAGAGCACCCUUGAGCAGUGGGCAGCAUGGCUUGAUAAUGUGGUGACACAGGUAUUGAAACCCUAUGAAGGGAGCCCUAGCUUUCCCAAAGCUGCUCGUCAAUUCCUGCUUAAAUGGUCCUUUUACAGUUCCAUGGUUAUUCGAGACCUGACCCUACGGAGUGCAGCAAGUUUUGGUUCUUUCCAUCUGAUACGCCUGCUGUAUGAUGAAUACAUGUUUUAUCUGGUGGAGCACAGAGUUGCUCAAGCUACUGGGGAAACACCAAUCGCUGUGAUGGGAGAGUUUACUGAUCUCAGCAUGAUGUCUCCAAUAAACAUGGACAAAGAUGAAGGAAGUGAAGUUGAGAGCGAAAUGGACGAUGAAUUAGAAGAUUCUGGAGAACCACCUUUCAAACGAGAGAAAAUAGAUCUAAACCAGACAUUACAAGGUGUGUGUGUUGCAUCGCCCCUCAACAGCACCAUACAACCAGACCCUCUGAUCCCACUUCAUGCUGAUCAAAUCAUCACAAGUGUGGCAAGUGCCAGGCACUGCAAUGCUGCUGGAAGCACAUACACAGCAGUCUAAACAAUAACGUGAGCUUUGAGAGAUUACCCCGCUUUACAUCAAGCCUGAAGCCUCACACUGUUAAGGCUUCAGUUAUUCAGAUGACACAUUUUACUAUGCUGAAUGUUACUCUCAUACACUAAAUGAGUGUAUAUAGAUCUUUUGUUAAGUUUUGUUUAGUUCAAUAUUGAUCAAUGUUGACUACAGGAGAUUCUCUGUAGCUAUGGCAAAUGUAAUUAUGAUGAACUUAUAACAAUACAAGUUGUUUUAAUUAGUUGAGGUUUUGAUUCAGAAUAUAUUCUUAUACAUAAUUCAGGGCAGGAUAUACUCACUUGACAGCAGAAGUAUAGAAAGGCCAGAGCUUGAAUUCAACAAUAUCCUGUUAUCUUACUGCUCGUGUUAGCAUUUUAAUUUGGUUCUGUAUUAGUGAGGUCCAGAGUGAUAUUGCUGCCACUUUAUUUGAAUGCACUUAGAAAAGUUUAAAAUAGGAUAAAUCUGUAGUUAAUACAAAUUAUAAUACAUAGGAGCAUCCAUCUUCCCAGCAUCAUAUGGGUUGGUAUGGCAUGGUAAUCAACAAUAGUAUUCUUGACCAAAGUGUUUGCUUAAGUAACAAGGUUUGUGCCUCACCACCAUUAAUGCCUCAGAUUUCAGUAAUUUUGCUGUUACCUCAACAAUUGUUCCAACUACAUUCAAUUAAUUUAUAAUUAGAAAAUAUAAAUUCUUCAAUAUGUAAUAUUUCAAUUUCUUUUGACUGUGCUUUUCAAGGAUGUGUUUUUCCACCAGAAAGUAUUUCUCAAAAGAAUUGGAGGUUCCUUUUUAAAAGAAACACUUUUCUGCCUCUUGACCCAGCUGGUGGCGAAAGGUCCCGAGUUCGAAUCCAGCCAGCUCCCCUGCACGCUGUCCAUCUACGAGCUGAUCUCUUUGGAAACUCACCCAGCAGAAGGCAAUGGCAAACCACUGCUGUAACUUGCCUCAUACACGGUUCCCCACUACGUCAGAGAGGCGUGGAGGGAAAUUGUUCGCUAACUGGAGAAACUCCGGAUGCGACGUUCCUUUCCUUUCCUUUAUAUAGUCACUAAUCUGAACAAGUAAUUGGGUUCUCUACUGGAUUCCAGUCAUUAAGCAGUUAAUUUCAGCAUAUUGAUGUGCUCUAAGCUUUGGCCACAAAUAUUUGACUGUUACACACAGAAGAGUCUAUUUUUUUCCUUUAAAAUGAGCCACACUUCUGCUGUUGAAUGAUGCAGUUUUGGAAUGUAGAUUGAGGUUAAAGUUGAAAGCUUGAGGUAGGAGGCAGUAUUCAUUGUUACUGAUCUCCUAAAACUGUACUGUAUUGUCAAAAAUCAAAAUCUAUUAAUUUCUUUUAAAUGACCUCCUACCUUUACAGUAGGUCUAAUGGAGUUCCCUUUGAAAUAUCAAUUUUUUAAUGCUACUGAUCUGUAUAGUAGUGCAGCCAGAAUUAACAUCUAGAUUAGUUUAUUAAAAUUUUGGGGAGAAAUGUGUUAAUAAUCAAGGCUGCGGUAUUUGGUAAAAAUAUAUUGCAUUUGUUGCAGUUAUAAUAACACUUUAUAAAUAGGGUCUUUUUAGACCAGCAAAAAGUAUACUGUUUCAUUGAAGUUCAGUGUACCUGUAGUUAAUGUUAGGACAGACAAGAAUCAUUCAUUGCGAAUUGAUUUGUCUGUGCCAUCUGUUUUGCUAUAGUGUCUUUAGCUGCUAUGUCUAAUAAGACUUUACAAGGGGUUGACCAAUACUACCUGUUGCCAGUGCUCCAAGAUAUUCUCAAUGAAUGAAAUAAAUAUCAAUGUCAGUUUUUUUUUCUGUAACGUUAGAUGUAGAUUUCAAAUAAUUUUGACUUCAAUAUUAGAAAUUGGACUGAAAUUUCUCAAGAUAUAUUUAAAUUUGCUUAAAACUAGCUUGAUUGCUGGUAAUGACUGUGAUAUCCUAGCUGGUUCCAGUGGCUGUAUUAGCCAACUCCUCAGUGCAACCACAAAAUACAAGGAAUGUAGCACUUAGCAUAGUCUUGGCAGCUUUACAUUGAGUUUUCUGUGUGUUCUGUGUGGUUGUCCAAAAUGACUAGACCAAAAGUACUGUAGCUGGCACACCUCACACAUACUCAUCAAUUCUGUAGGAACAGACUUGGUAGGCAGUUAAAUGCCACUUCAGGAACGUACGUCAGGGAUUACUGUACCUCGGCUAUUACACAGUGCCUUAAACAGUUAUGGGAAGAGUUAAUUUUUGUAGCUCAGCAAGGUGUGCCUGCUGUUUUUCUAUUAUCCACAGGGGGAAGAAACAGUAAAGUUCGAGUGACAAUUCUUAGAAACCUAUGUCUUUUUCUUACACUAAGAAUGAGUAUAUUUGUUCUUGAAGCCAUGUGGAAUAAGCAAGUAUAUACAUUAAUCAGGAUUUGAGGCAUUUCUCUGUUAAUUAAAAUGGGGAAUGUAAUUCAUCUGAUAUAUUGAAGCACCCCAGAAGUUACUAAUCAAUGAAAAAUUCUUGACUUAUUUUAGCACACUCUAAAGAAAAACAGGUUAUAAACAUUGUCAUAGGCAGUGCACACAUUGUUCUCCCAUAUAUAAUUGCUUGAAAUUUAAUGAGCUACUCAGUAUGUUCUAUAUAUAUUCUGAAAAUUGACCCUGAGGAAAUGAAAAUACAGUGUAAAAAUAUUAGAUCCUGUAAUUAAACAUAUUAUAGGCAUCCUGUGUGAUACUAUAAUUUUUUUUUACAAACUUCCCUCUCACUUAGUGCUUUUUUUUUGAGGGAAAAUGGAUCCCUCAACAUCAGGCUUUUUAUUGUGGCUUUCAAGAAAUAUGCUCUAAUUAAUCAUUUUAAAUUCAAAGUAAUGGAAAAAUCUUCUUACAGCAUGGUUACUUCAGUUUGUUUUCAGACAAAAUAAUUUUCAGUGCUGUGACAGAGAACCAUAUAAUUAAGAUGAUAAGUAAAAAUCUGGGUUUUGAAAUGUGUUUCCCUGAAGCCAGAUAUGGUUUUAGGUUUUGAAGAAUAAAUAAAAUUUCUUAACAGUCCAAUACAUCCCCCAUCCUACAGAAAAAAAAAACAAAGUGUAAAAGUUUCUUUUUAAAGAUAAUUUGAUAUUAAAAAUGUUACAUGUUAAGGCCAAUUGAAAUAAUUCCUAAACUUAAAAAAAGAACAUUGUUUCAUUGUAAUAAACUGAUUUUUAUUAAACUUGUUAGGUUUAAACAAACAUACUCAUUCUUUUUAGCACCUGAUCAUUAUUCAACAUUCUGAUCAGGAACUACAAAUGAUCACUGGACAGCUUUGACUGCACCUUAGUGAGUUAUGGGAGAGGUGGGGUGGGUCUCCUUGAUUCUGUUUGCUGUGCUUUGAAACCAAAUUCCAACGGUUUAAUUUUUCUCACAGAUUCUGGUCUUAACGGUUUUAACAUUAAUUAAAUCAAUUUGGGGCACAUAUUCCAAGCAUUCUGCCUGCUUUCAAUCUUACAAAUAUUGUAUUACUUAUUUCUGUUUUAUGUUAACAUUUGCAUACUGUUCUGGACCAAAAUGUGUUUAUAUUGUGUAUCCAGUGUGUUUGUAAUGAUUAAGAAAGGCCUUCUAUAUAUUUCUUAUCUUUGCUCUUUUUUCAGUGUUUAGUUGUCCUGCAGAUAUAUUUGGAUCGUAAUGUGCAAUUUAGAGGAUUGUUAAGGGGGUAGGGGGGGUCCAUUCAUAGAUCCUGUGUUGACAAAAUGUAGUUCUGUAGAACGGAACACACACUGCUCUGAUUAAUCAUUAGACUCAUUGAACUUUGCUAGUAAUGAGCAUUUUACCUGGCAUAAAAACUGGAAUUGAAGCAUGCCCUUUAUAUUGAGUUUCAGUACUGACGGAUAACAGUCCAGUGAAUUGUUCUCAUACGUGAAGGUAUGCAUUGAAAGCUCUGUGUUUUGGCAGUAGAAGUGCUUCUCAGUCUGCAUGCCUUUCUAUAUGCUGCUAGAUAGUGGUUUUUGUUUUGGUACCAGUUAGGUAACCACAUUUUAAUUUUCUCGCACUUUUUCCUGCUUAUACCAUCAUGUUUCAAAGAGCCACUUACAGAGUGAAUUAUUUCAACCUUUAUUAAAUAUUUAUACGUAAACUAAGUACAAACCCAUUUAAGCCUUAUCGCAAAAUAUAGUGUAUUUAUCUUUUUUGCCAAAUGGCACGAUGUGGAGUACAGAAGCAUUGAACAGGGAUUGAACAUGUUGUGACAUUCAAUUAUUAGUGUGUUUCAAUCCCAGUCAAUGAAAGUAGCAGCCAGCAGCUUUUCAUUAAGUGUGUCAUUGUUAAAAGUUUACCUAAUUUGAGAACAAUUAUAAGUCAACCCCAUUUUAAGACAAGUUCUUCUGGAAGAAUUUCAUGGCUUUAAUUUUGUGAGCAAUUUUCUUCCCUCUUGUUUACAGCAAUUUUUGUGACUUAAGUACAUAAUAUCAUUUACCUAGCCAUGAACCAAUAGGAUAAUUUAUGCUCAACCUUUUUCCAGUGGUGCCUUCCUAACCAAUAGGAAGUAUGCAACAGUGGCACAUAUUAACUGAUGUACUAGUUAAUAAACCUCUGGAAUUUCAGAUAACCAAUAAGAGGAGUUCCUUUUCCAGGGAACUGCGUCAAUAGUGGGAAAGGAUUCAUGUUUCUCAGCAACUGAUGCUCCUAUAGCAUUGGUAACCUAAAUUUCUAGGGUCAGAGUUACUUUUGGAAUAUCUAAUAAAAUAUUCCAAUCUGAAAUGUUUCCGCAGAUAUGGACCUUUUUUUUUGUUGUUUUGAAAUGUCAGCUUUUUAUCCACAAAAUACAAUGUUUGACAUCUAUUUUACAGGUUGAUUUUAUAAACUUUGCUGGAAAGACUAGUUUAUUAAACUAUGUAUUUAGAAAGAGAAAUUUGUCUUUGGUCACAAUACUCCACACUUGAAGUAUUGUGAGCAGUUUUGGACCCCUUAUCUAAGAAAGGAUGUGUUGGAAUUGGAGAGGGUGCGAUGAGGUUCUUGAGAAUAAUCCCAGGAACGAAAGGGUUAACAUAUGAGGAGCAUUUGAUCACUCUGGGUCUAUACUCGAUAGAGUUUAGAAGAAUGGGGUGUGUGUAGGAGAUCUCAUGGAAACCUAUCAAAUAUUGAAAGGCCUGGAUAGAGUUGGUGCAGAGAGAAUGUUUCCUAUAGCGGGUGAGUCGUGGACCAGAGGGCACAGCCUCAGAAUGGAAAGAUGGCCUUUUAGAACAGAGAUGAGGAGAAACUUCUUAAGCCAGAGGAUGGUGAAUCUGUGGAAUAUGUUGACACAGAGAGCUGUGAAGGCCAAGUAAUUGGGUAUAAUUAAAGUAGAGUUCAGUACGUUGUUAAUUAGUCAGGAUGUCAAAGAUUAUGAGGAGAAGGCAGGAGAAUGGGGUUGAGAGGGAUCAUAAAUCAGCCAUGAAGUAAUGGCAGAGCAAAUUCAAUGGGCCAAAUGGUCUAAUUCUGCUCCUAUGUCUUAUGGCCUUAUGAAGUCGGGAGAAUGGUAGCAAAUGGGUCAAUCUGGUAACACUGCUAGAUGUUCAGGGAAGUGGAAAGGGAAUAGUCAUUUCAUUGUAUUGGCAGUGUGGGAGAAGUAAGGUUGGAGCUGAAUAAUUUACUUACAAGGAAAAUGUUCCAGUUCAGUUCAGUGCUUGUAAGACCAUUUCCUGAGAAUGCCCAAAGACAGGUGACCCAGAGAGCAUGACCCCAGUUGUCCGACAAUACAUUGUGUGGGAAAGGCAGGGGGGUGAUUAGUGCCAACUAACUUAUUUGCAGUGAUGUUAAACAACCAAUAAAUGGUUGUUAUCCUAUUUAACUCCAGGAAUAAAAUAUAGAUUUUUAAUUGCAUGGCAUUGAGGGGAAGAAAAGCAGCAUGAAGCAAUUAAAUUCCAGAUAAAUAGAACUGGAUGUAUGGAGUCUCAUUUGCAUUUAGCAAAAUUAACCAAAGACAAAUUUCUCCCCUUGCUGUUUCAUAUAGUAAUUGCAUGGAUUAAUUUGCCUAGUGUUACCAUGGCAACCAUAUUCCUGUGAUGAUUCAAGGAACUCAACUAGCAAUUUUACAGUUGGAUGUUCAAAAGCAGUUUGAACACUAAUAGUACCAUUUCAUUAAAUAUAUAAUAUGUAUAGAAAAUUAAAAACACUUCCAUUCAAUAUACCUGCUUCACAUCUAAAUAUUGAAUGGCAUUUCUUAUUUCCAAAAAAUAUUUUCUGAUUCUUUAUGUAAUUUGUUUUAAAAUUUCCAAGUAUGAAAGAUUCAAAGAAAAAUCACUAAGUUAUAUGGAGGAGCAUAUUGAUCAAGAUAAAAAUAUUUACGAACAUACUUUAGAAUGCCAUCACAACCAAAUAUUACUGGCCAAACAAAUAAAUUUUCAUGCAAAUAUUUUUUAUAAUCUUGUAGGAAAAUGAUACUUUUCCUUCGUUCCCUUUAUUGUUUUCUUUCUUUCGCAUCCCGGAACUGUUCAGGAUAAAUGCGCAGAAAAAGUUUCCAGGCUACAGUCCCUCUGCCACUGUCCAUCAGGAAGACUGAAAUACUUAUCUUGGAAUUCUGCUAUGCUGACAUACUAACUCCAUUUCAGUCAUGGGCUUGCCACUAUAAACUUCAGUAACACCCAAGGCUAUUACUCAGUAAAAUGUAUAUCAAAAGCCAUUGUGAGCACAAGAGAAAAAUAUAUAACAUUAGAUACUUGGAGAGGUGAGUCUCAGAUAAUGGGUGAGGUGGGGGAGGGAGUAGCUUAACAACAGCUUUAUAGUGGAGAGGGUCUAAUGUAUAAAAUGCAGAUAUGGUAUUUAAUGGUGCUGCAUUAUGAACACCUGCUCACAGAGUAAUGCCUAACAUUGACAAUUCCUGAGACAAAUUGUAAGAUUUUCUUCUCUGUCAUCCAAGAGAAGCCUUACAUGAGUAAUGAUUUAAUAUUUUUAUGUGGCUAUAUGGAAAUUGCAUCACAAAUCAGAAAAUCCACAGAUGCUGCAAAUCUAAGCAACACACACAAAAUGCUGGAGGAGCUCACCAAGCCAGGCAGCACCAAUGGAAAAGAGUAGGGUCGACGUUUUGGGCUGAGAAGAAGGUCUCCAUUGAUGCUGCCUGGCCUGCUGAGUUCCUCCAGCAUUUUGUGUCUGUUGCUUGGAAAUUGCAUCAGAUGUGUAAGUAUAACUCACACGUUAAGUACUGAAGAGCGCAGACACAAGACAACCAUGGGAGUUUACUCGAUGCUAUUUUCUGUGAACAGUACUACACAAUCUAAUUUGUGGUCCACUAUCUGUUGGGAACCUGCCAGUUAUAAUACUUUUUACUUGAACAAUCCUACACUAUUGAUGCUUUUCCAUUAGCAGAUUACAAACAUACCUCUUCCUCCCACUGAAACUUAAAACUGCGUAUGGAUUACCCCUUUGACCCAGUCUAUAUCGUGCCCUUCCCUCAUGCAUUUCGUUUCAAGGAUGAAUAUUUUAUGUGUACAGUUCAACAUGCCAUGCCACUCAGGCAAUUUUGCAUUGGUCACCCUCUGCACACUUUCAUUGCUUUUUACCCUUGCUGUCCAUUUAACAUGUAAACCUCUAUCUCAUGGCUAUCUGUCAUGCUUUUUUGAAAUCAGGACUGUGGUCAUGUUUAAGUAGCUAUUUCAUGGAGACUCCUAGCAGAUUUUGCACCCUAAGCACUUGGGAUGUGGAAGCCCUCCCGAUGCCUUAGGUCUUGUUUUAACUAGAAGAUUUGGAGACCUUGCCAGACUUGCUACCCAGCUGUCAUGCAGAAGUGCUAACGUUUCAGCAAGGAGCCAGGCCAUAGAUGUAUAGGAUUAGUCCCCAACAAACGAGCCUCAGGCACAAAGGAUAUUAUGGACUCAGUGAAACUGGAGGCAAACUGAAGCCCAUGGAUUCCUAGUGGGGCCUGGGAGAAUUCCUGCUUGUCCUGGCUCUUACAAAACCUUCCCCUUUCCUACCUCUUUCCCCAACCCCAAAUGCAGGGAUUCAUAGGCUGGUAAAUUUUGACUACCAAAUGGAGCAUCAAUAAAGCAACAAUAUACCAAAUAUAUAAAAGUUAUUUGAAUUGAUUGACCUUGAGGAGAAAAAGACAGUGCCUUUUCAAAACAUUGGUUAAUCUUGUGCCUGAUUUGUACAUAAGCACCCAGGCUGCAGAACAACAUUGAUUCAGUACUUCCAUGCACUCCACAUCAUUUUUUUUCUUAAUAUUAAGUAAAGGCAAUAUAUAUUUUUGGCCCAAGAGCUGCAAAUUAGGCAGCUGAAUUGUCCCUUGUUACAGUGUUUUAAGCUUUAGACCUGCUGAGGAAAGUCAUAAUGUAUAAAACUUUAUAUGAUAAUGUUCAACUCUAGCAAAGAGGAAGAAGAAUGAGCUGCUCGAUACACUCCACACUGUCAUGUUGUCACAUCAGAGAGGGCAAUUCAUUUUCUGUACAAAAUGUCUGAUGCAAAAUUUCUUGUUGACAAUUUAUGACAGAUUCUUAUAACUACAGCCUUUAACACUGAGUGAUUAAUUGGCAAUUCAGUAUAGGAUACUUUCCAAUAGAAUUUUUCAGUGCCAUUUUAGAAUUCACUUACUAAGUGGCAAAUUGGAGUAAUCAGAUGCACAAGCACAAAAAGGCCCAAAUUAUUGGGGGAUUUUUUUUUAAUUGGUCUAACUACAUCUGAAUUGUGUGAAGUAAUAAUGUUAAAGUUAAGAUUUUUUUCAUAAUUUUUUGUAGGGAAUGUAUUGUGAAAUUAUGUAUUUUUUCCGGUUAUUUUGAAUGACAGCUACAUAUAGUUUUAAUUAUUUAAACACUUACAAGGAGGAUGUGAUUUUGAAUACCCUUCAAUUAUGUAAAUAUAUAUUUCAUGCUGUGAUUUUUGUGAGAAAUGUUUUAUGAAAUCUUUCAAUAUAUCAUGACCUUUAUAAAUUGGUUAAAGCAAACCAAUAGUGUGCGUGUGAAAGGUUUGUACUGUGUACUGUUCAAUGACAGGAACUUUUUGUAAACAAAAAUAUGAAAUCUUACAGUGUGUUCUUAUAUGUAGACAAGCAACUAGUAUAUAUUGAAGAGACUUGUGUAGAAAGUUUUUUCUUAAUAUUUCAGACUUGAACUCAGGCUAGCUUUUCUUGUCGUGUUUCUAUAAGC